CACCUACUUGUGGUCAUGUGACAAUUUCAAGAUGGCCGCGCCCUUCAGUUUGGAGGCGUGACGUUAUUCAUAUUGUUACAACACACUGUCAGACAAGGUAAAAAAGCUUAUCAAGCCUGCAGAAUUUCAUUCAAGCUCUCCGUUGAAGCCGGUAAUAAUGGAUAAGGACAGUUUGAUUCUCCCCAAAGACUUUCCAGAGCUGAACAAUGACACGUUCCUAAGAGCCGCACGAGGAGAGGAGAUUGAGCACAUUCCAGUGUGGUGUAUGAGACAGGCUGGCCGCUAUCUGCCAGAGUUCAGGGAAUCUAGGGCAGGGAAAGACUUCUUUGAGACAUGCCGUUCUCCUGAAGCUUGCUGUGAGCUUACGUUACAGCCACUCAGACGAUUCCCAUUUGAUGCUGCCAUCAUCUUCUCUGACAUCUUGGUGGUCCCUCAGGCCAUGGGAAUGGAGGUUCAGAUGAGUCCAGGAAAAGGCCCCACAUUCCCUGAACCACUGAAGGAGCCUGAAGAUCUGCAGAGACUAAAGACUAAAGUGGACGUAUCGUCUGAACUUGACUACGUUUUUAAAGCCAUCACACUGACACGACACAAAAUAGAGGGAAAAGUUCCUCUUAUUGGCUUCACUGGAGCUCCGUGGACUCUAAUGUCCUACAUGAUUGAAGGAGGAGGCUCUGCGACACACUCGAAGGCUAAACGCUGGCUCUACAGGUACCCAGAGGCCAGCCACAAACUACUGAGCCAGCUAACAGAUGUCAUAGUGGAGUAUCUUCUUGGGCAGGUGAAAGCUGGAGCUCAGGCUCUGCAGGUUUUCGAGUCUCAUACUGGUUGUUUGGGCCCAGUGGAGUUUAAAGAGUUUUCUCUGCCAUAUCUGAGAAACAUUGCUCGCCGUGUUAAGGACAAGAUCAAAGAAUCUGGUUUGGACAAUGUGCCUAUGAUUGUUUUUGCUAAAGAUGGUCAUUAUGGGCUUGAGGACCUCUCUGAGUCUGGUUAUGAAGUCGUGGGUCUCGACUGGACCAUUGACCCGCAUUCAGCACGUGUCAGAACUGGAGGAAAAGUUAGUUUGCAAGGCAACAUGGAUCCCUGCGCUCUCUACGCCACAAAGGAGCGCAUAUCAGAGAUUGUGAAGAGGAUGUUGGAGGGCUUUGGCACAAAGGGCUACAUCGCUAAUCUGGGUCAUGGCCUGUACCCUGAUAUGGACCCAGAAAAUGUGGGUGCGUUCGUGGAGGCAGUACACACCCACUCUCGCCAGCUCCUCAACCGCAAAUAAGACGUUACUCUCCCAUCAGAACACCUAAAGCAGAUGAGAAACAACUGUUGGAGUGCAUCAGAUGUGUUAUAGGAUGAAUCUCACAAAACCUGUCAAAAAAAUCUAUUUAUAUUUUUAAAUCAAAAAGAAAAAAAACAUAUUUUGAUUUACAUUUCACAUUUCCGUACCAAAAUCUCAUUCGCAGUACCAUAUUGUGAAAAAAAUGUAUAGGAAUCAUCAGGACAAUGUAAAAAUUUGAUGCCUAAUUGUCAUGAAAAUAAUGUUACAAUGCAAAACAUCUUAAUUUUCUGAAAUGUAGGCUUCAUUUUCUAUAUGCAAAGUCUUAAUGUAAUUUUUUUUCUUAAUGAUUUUGUGGUGAAAUAUGACCUAGAUAUUUCUUGACAGGCUUUGAGAGAUUCGCAUAAAAGGCUGGGCCCGACUCAUUUCAAUGUAGGACAUCUUUCUGUUUUACCUACUUUUUAUAAUCGCUCCACACCAAUCCAUCUAAUCUUUAAUAUAAUUUUCAGUCGAAACGUGUCUUUUUUUUUUUUCAGCUAGAUUGAUGUUUUCAAUAGAGCCGAUGCACUGUACGUUCACUGAAGUAUGUGGAAUAAGUGACGAAAGAUGAAAUCUGAUUAAAUCUGAAGCGCUGUAUGGGUUUGUUUUUAAUGUAGUACCAUAGUAACAUCUGGGCUGAGACUGUCUUCACUGGAAUAGUGACUGACACUAAUGAACCACUGAGAAUGUGUGUACAUAUCAAUGGAUGUUUUAUAUGAAGCGAAAUAAAGAGUAAUCCUUUUAAGACAAA